AUGCCACCUCCGCACACUGCGUGGCCGCUCCAAGUCUCCAGACGCCCCAGGAGCUCCAAGGACCACGCGCGAGGAAGCGCCGUACCAAGUGGGCACGCCACCAGACACCAUGCGACUGGAGAACCCAGAGCACACAGCCUCCCACAGGCGGGGUUGCCAGUCCGCCACAGGAAUCCUGCCCUUUUUCUAGAAAAGCCCCCUACCCCCACUUUCCCUCCGAAGCACUCACCUGCGUCUGGGCGCAGCUCUCCCGGCGCUACACGCGGCCGUACCGGGGCACGUCCAGGCCUGAGCACGCUGCCUGGUGCGACUGGCCCCGCUCGGCUCCCGCCGCCCCCAACCAGCUUGUGCCCACAGGAGGGGCGGUGCCACCUCCCGAGAAGCCCAAUUCCCUCUACUCCCGCCGCAAGGGGCCGAGCUCUAGGAACUUCGCGUGCACAACCUCCGCCACCCCCACCGGCGUUCCCGCCCGAGGCCGGUCUAGGGCUCCCACCUAGCGGAGGCCGGACUCCGCUCGGCGCCGCGGCGCCGCGCACAGCCCUUAGCUUCGGCGUCCAAAACAGACCCGAGGCCAGGCGCCGCGUGCCCGCCUUCCCCGCCCCCACUCCCACACCCCCCGCACUUGCCUGCUACGACUCGGAGCUGCAGCUACUACGGCUCGCGCCGCCAGCCGUCAGCACAGCCGCGGAGGAGUCGCUCCGGGCGGGCUCCGCGGAGAGGCGGUGGCGGCGGCGGCGUCCCCAGUCCUGGCGGAGGCGGGAAGGCGGACUGGAACCCGGUGAAACCCCCGCCCUACCCGCGUCGCGCCGGCGACCGGCCUCCUCACCCGGCCGGCAGCUGCCUCAGUGA